AUGACAAUCAGUAGAAAAAAGCGAAUUUAUGUUGGUAUUCUCAUCGGUGUCGCAAUGUUGAUUCUCUCGGCUGUCACCGUUGUUUUACUCGUCAUCAAUGUUAAAUCUACUCCAGAGAAAUCCAAAUCAUCAUCAUUUUACAUUGUACCAUUAGGCACAAGUGGUGGAUUAGAUGAAAGUAAUCUUUCUUCUUAUCUACUUACAACAGUCAAUGAGAGUACACCCAAUUCUGCUUAUAUAUCUCUUGAUAGUGGAACAUUGCGUCAUGGACUUGAAAUGGCAAUCAAACAGAACUGUUUUCCAUCUCAAAGUUUAACAGCGGAACAAUUUCUUCAAGAACAAGUCAAAGCUUAUUUUAUUUCACAUGGUCAUCUUGAUCAUAUCAAUGGAUUUAUUCUUAAUUCACCUAAUGAUAAAUCUGGAAAAACAAUCUUUGCUUUAAAUGAAACGAUUCAAAUUAUUCAGGAUGAUUUUUUCAAUAAUCAGGCAUGGGCAGAUUUCGGUCCCCAUGGUCUCAAAUUGUACAAUUAUCAAAUCUUAGAUCCUCUAUCAACUAAUUCAAUUCCUAUUCCAAAUACCGAUUUAAACGUUCGAAUAUUUCGUUUAUGUCAUACAUGUCCAUUCCUUAGUUCUGCAUUUUUGAUCUCUCGCCGAGAUGAAAGUUCAGCAUCGAUACUUUAUCUCGGUGAUACGGGUCCUGAUGAUAUCGAAAAGAUCGUUCAAGCUGAUAAUUCAACAUAUUAUCCAAGAUAUCUUGAGCAAUUAUGGCAAACUAUGGGUCCAUUAGUUGUCGCUAAUCAAUUAAAAGCGAUUUUGAUCGAAGUUUCGUAUUCAAAUGAACGUCCAGAUCAUUUACUAUUUGGACAUUUAACACCGAAAUGGCUUUUAAAAGAAUUAGACGUAUUAAGAUCUUAUCAUUCAAUGGAAAAUGUGACAAUUGCUGUUACACACAUCAAACCUGAAGAAGGAAGUCGAGAGAAAAUCAUGAGACAAUUGAAAGAAGAAAGUAAUUCUAACUAUAACUUUGUUUUCCCACGUCAAGGUGAGCCGAUUUGGGUUUAA